CUCCCCCCCCGCCGUGCCUGGUGUCGCGGGGCAGCCCGGGGCGGCGGCGGCUCCGUGCGCCAGGGCCCGGCAUGGCGCUCCCGACGGCCGCGCCGCGCUGCCCGUAGGUGCGGCGGCGCCCGGGGCCGGGCGGGCCCGCGGCGAUGAGCCACGGAGGGACUUUGACCAGUGGAGAAAUCAUCACUUUCCUGCUGUGCUGCAACAUCCUAAUCCUCCCUGAUUUUGCAAAAAACCCCAUCCUGUAGGCAUGGCUCACCUGAGAGAAUUUGCUAGCCAGCACUCCAGGGUGGAUCCUGAGGAGCUGUUCACCAAGCUGGAGAGGAUUGGCAAGGGCUCCUUUGGGGAGGUGUACAAAGGCAUCGACAACCGCACCAAGGAGGUGGUUGCCAUCAAGAUCAUUGACCUGGAGGAGGCUGAGGAUGAGAUUGAGGACAUUCAGCAGGAGAUCACAGUGCUCAGCCAGUGUGACAGCCCCUACAUCACCCGCUACUAUGGCUCCUACUUGAAGGGCACUAAGCUGUGGAUAAUCAUGGAGUACCUGGGAGGAGGUUCAGCCCUGGAUUUGCUGAAGCCAGGACCACUGGAGGAGACUUACAUAGCUACUAUCCUGAGAGAAAUCCUAAAGGGCUUGGAUUAUUUACAUUCAGAGAGAAAGAUCCACAGAGACAUCAAAGCUGCCAAUGUGCUGCUCUCAGAACAAGGAGAUGUGAAACUGGCUGACUUUGGGGUGGCUGGCCAGCUGACAGACACCCAAAUCAAGAGGAACACCUUUGUGGGGACUCCAUUCUGGAUGGCACCAGAGGUCAUCAAACAGUCUGCUUAUGACUUCAAGGCAGACAUCUGGUCCCUUGGGAUCACAGCUAUUGAACUAGCAAAGGGAGAGCCUCCAAAUUCUGACUUGCAUCCUAUGAGGGUUCUCUUCUUGAUCCCCAAGAACAACCCUCCAACACUUGAGGGUCACCACAGCAAGCCCUUCAAGGAGUUUGUGGAAGCCUGCCUCAACAAGGAUCCUAGAUUUAGGCCAACAGCUAAAGAAUUGCUGAAGCACAAGUUCAUCACACGCUACACCAAGAAAACCUCGUUCCUCAUGGAGCUCAUCGACCGCUUCAAGCGCUGGAAGUCAGAGGGCCACGGAGAGGAUUCCAGCUCUGGGGACUCUGACAUUGAUGGAGAUGCAGAGGAUGGAGACCAGGGUCCAAUCUGGACAUUCCCACCAACCAUUCGCCCCAAUUCCUUGAGCAAGCUGCACAAAGGAAUGGCUCUGCAUGGUUCCCAGAAGCCUACGGAGCCCAUCAAGAGGCAACCACGGUCACAGUGUCUCUCCACACUUGUUCACCCAGUUUUUGGGGAGCUCAAAGAUAAGCACAAACAGACUGGAGGCAACGUGGGAGCCAUGGAGGAGCUGGAGAAUGCCUUCAGCUUGGCCGAGGAGUCCUGCCCAGGCAUCUCUGACAAACUGAUAGCACACAUGGUGGAGAGGGUCCAAAGGUUUUCACACAGUCGGAACCACCUGAGCUCUGCCCGCUGACACCUUCCCUGCUGCUGUUGCUGCUGCCAGGGGGGAAGGAUUUUUUCCAGCUUCAUAAGAACUACAUCUCUAAUCCAGACCACCAUCUGUUGGAUGUGACAUUGUGAUGGACCCCAGGACAUUUCAGAGCCUUCAUGUUAGCCGUGUUUCCAUGAUAACCCAGGGUGGGGUUUGCAAUGCAAGUACAAUUUAGACCUUUUGCAGAACCCGAGAUGGGUGGUCUAAUUGUUUUUACAAUGUAAUCAAUGCAGUUUUUAAUUGUUUUCCUACAAUGGAUGUGUCCAUUUUGGCUUGGUUUGAUUCA